AUGCCUCGCGCUUCAAACUCGUCGAAGCGACAGCAAGGCGCCGCCAACCAACGCGAUACCAGGCACGAAAAUGGUCUUGUAGGCCCCACGAAGCGAGUCACCAACAAGAAGAGCCAGCCGAACCUCGACGCCGCUCCCUCUGUCCGGAACCCCUCCGACCAGAAUGCCGCUGCUUCGGCCCUCCCCUCGUCCCUCCCCAACGGUAACGGCUCCCCUAACGGCAAGCUCAAGAACCCGCCUCUCGCUGCCGCCCACGAUACCAUGCCUCCCGAUCACCGCAACGCCGACGCCGUCGCUCCUGCUGCGAGGCGGCCCUCGCUAGGUGGCUGCUCCGAGACCUCGUCGUCCGACUCGCUCUCCUCGGGCCUGCUCAACGCCGUCGUCGACGCCAGCCAUCGCCAGAUCGACGUCAAUGCCACCAAGAACGCCGACGUCCACCGCGACCCCGGCGGCCCUGUCGAAUUCGCUGCCACCGUCCUCAGAGCCCUGCCCCUCUACGACACCCUCGCCAUCCUCAUCCUGCUCAUGCAGGUCCCCCCCGUCGCCCUCUCCGGUAUCUACAUGGUCUUUACCUUUCUGACCUUCGUGCCCCCCGUCACCACCAGCUCUGGAAUGAACAUCAACCUGGCCGAGAUCUUCGAUUACAACUCCACCAUGCCCUCCCUCGUCACCGUCCUCUGCAUGGAUGUCUUCAUCCUCCUGGUCUGGUUGUUCCUGUGGCCCACCAUGCAGCUUGCCAUCCUCGAUUUUGCCAAGCCCGUCAUCGCUGCCACUCUCGGCGGCGGGUCCAACACGAGGGAGGGAGCCUCGAGGAGCGUCACCACAUGUUUCUUCCUCGUCAUAGGGUCCCAUCUACUCCGCGGCUCCAGGUUCCACUGGUCCCGGGCCGCCAAGUUCCUCCCUGCCAACUGGCGAUUCUCGCCCGACCCGGACGACCCGUUAGAAUCCUUCGCUCGCGGCUUCGACAAGAGAGGGCCGCACGGGUGGAUCAAAAGCGUCCUCGCCAUACAUAUCUUGACGCAGGGCAUAGUACGAUACAUCCGGGAGUGGUAUCUAAGAAGAGAAAAGGGCAGCGCGUCGACACAGAGCAUAACGGAUCCGGAAGCAGGCAAGUCGUACGCCACCGACGCGGCCGCCGACACCGGGUUCGCUACGCCAGAUAGCGACACGACUUUCCAACAAAAUGCGACAGUAUCGAGUACAAAAAAGAAGAGAAAACAAAGCACACAGGUGCGUCUGCAGCAGCCGCUGUGGGCGGCCCUGGCGAGCACAAAAAUUGUCAUGGUCAAGGAGUACGAGCUGUCUCACGCGACGUCCGAGUCAGCCGGCUCCAACGCCACCGACAUUCACAAUCUGGGGAACGCCCCAUUCGACAGCCAGGCCGAGCAGAUAUGGAUUUCCUACAUCGGCCACGACGAGGUUUGCUUCAACACCAGUCACUUCCCCGACAGCCCGAGCGCCGCACCGAACGGUCACGUCUCGCGGCCCGCCGGGGUUGACACGUCGAAGCCCUUUUAUGUCCGAGUGAACAAUGCUUUUUGGCAGCCGACACGCAUUUUCCGCAUCCAAGACGACGAGCAGGACGAGCAGCCCGGCCACCACCGGUGGUGCGGCGAUAUUUACGGACUGCGACCGCUGUCCAAGUAUGUCUGCGAAUUUGUCGACACCCGCACGAACCGAGUCAUCUUUUCCACCAGCAUCCGCACCUCCUUCGCCCAGAACAAGGACCAGGAGGGCUCCGCCAACCCGCCCGUGAGCACGCCGCAGUCCCUCCGCCCGGACUCGCCCGCGACGACGCUCAAGAGCACGAUCAACGCAAACAACGAGCGCCUGGCGGAGGAGAAGUCGAGGCUCAAGACGCUGCGCAAGGAGUGGAAGAACAAAAUCAGUUCGCUCAAGAAGGAGAAUGAGAGACUCGACAACGUAAUCCAGUCGGCGGGCGGCAACGACGACAAGCACAGACAGAAGAUUAUCCAGCAAGAGAACACCAAAGCCCAGUCAGAGAAGGAGAUUGCCCAGCUUGAAGCGGAUCUCAAGGCGUUUGAAACAGCACCGGAAGGAUUCUACGAGCGCAAGAAACAGGCGGAGAAGGAGUGGUCCGCCGAGAAGGCCGUCUUCGAUGCCGCAUCCAAGGAGUUCAAGGAGCACAAGACCAGCAUCGCCAAGGCCGUAAAGGCCAAGGAGGACGAGCAGGCCAGCCUGCAGACCAAGCGGAACAAGAUCGCGGCGCGCAUCGCCAAGGUCGAUAACGAGCUCGGCCGGAUCACGGACGCCAACAACCGCGGUCUCGACGAGGCCGAGCGACGGCGCCAGGCGCGAGGUGUGUGGCAAGCGGAGACGGCGACGAUCGAGAACAACUUCCGCGGCAGCAUCGCCGACAUCAAGGCGGCCAACGCCCUCAAGCAGGAGCAGGUCAACGCGCUGUUGCAGCAGCUCCAGGCAUACCACGAGCACAUGAACUACGCCACCGCCACGACGAUGCCGUUUGACAUUCCCGAGCAACAACACCAUCACCACCACCACCCCCACCACUCCCCCGCGCCCCAGACGACCAUGUCCGCGUACAACCCGGCCGCCCCCGCGUGGACGCAGCCGCCGCCGCCGCCGCCCGCCGCUGCUGCCCUUACGUCGCAGUAUAUGAUGCCGGCGGCGUCGAUGUGGCCGACGUCCAUGAUGACGGGGUCCGGAUCGGCGCUGCCGCUGCCGACGAACUCGACGCAGGCAGUCUGGGGCUACCCGCCGCCGCACCACAGCACGGUGUCGCUCAAGGCUAGAGGUCGUUCUUCGUCGAUGCUUAGUGACAUCUCGGGGUUCACACAGUCUAGCAACGGCGACGACGAGUACCUGUCGAUGCACAACACGCCCGCACAGAAGCCCAUGGCCCAGCGCACGCCGGUGACGUUUGCCUUGGGGCGGCGCCAGCGCAGCGAUGGCGCCGGGUCCGGCAGCAGCAGCGUGCGCAGCGGCAGUGCCAGCGGGAGCGGCAGCACGCGGGACCCGCAGAGUCCGGCCUGA